GGCAGGUCCGGAGCCGCGGGGGUGGAGGAGGGGGGAGACCGAAGGAAAUGAGACAACCUUUUCCUCCCACUGACUCGGGUUGCUCCAGCGUCUGCGGGGCUCGGUGCGUCCGCCCGUGAGCGCCGAGGCCAGGACCCCGCGCCCCGUGCCAGCCCUGGCGGCUCCUCCACUGGGAUUUCUUUCUGAGGCGUCAGUGCCAGCCCAAGUCCGGGGCACCGCUUUGCCGCUUCCCCCCCUCGGUGAUCGGCUCCGGGUCCCCCGGCUCGGCUCCGCGCGCCCCGAGCGCAGCCCCCGGAAGUGCGCGCCGGCGGCCCCGGCGAAGAACUUGAGAAGCCAACUGAGGCCAACCAAGUUUCAGAACCUUUACUGCCUCACACCAGCGUCAGCAGGGAUGAACUGUUUUUGCCAGAUAAUCCUCUGUUCCUGACAGCACAUCUCUCCCCAGAAGAGAAGCGAGGGAGGUGCCACCUUGAUUCAGCUGAAGCAUUUCCAGGAAGCUUCUCUCUGGAUGCCACGUCGAGGCUGCCCUUCUGCCGUAGCACAGAGUUGGUGAUUGCCGAGUGUGUGGACAUGGCUUUGCUCAGCAACAUCCUGGCGGCCUAUUCCUUUGUCUCAGAAAACCCCGAGCGCGCAGCUCUGUACUUUGUCUCCGGCGUGUGCAUCGGGCUGGUGCUCACUCUGGCCGCCUUGGUGAUGAGGAUCUCUUGCCACACAGACUGCCGACAGCGUCCCCGGAAGAAGUUCCUGCAGGACCGAGACAGCAGCAGCGACAGCAGCGACAGCGACGACGGCAGCUCUGACACGGCGUCUGACAUCUCCGUCAGGAGACACCGCCGCUUCGAGAGGACUUUGAACAAGAACGUGUUCACCUCGGCCGAGGAGCUGGAGCGCGCCCAGCGACUGGAGGAGCGGGAACGCAUCAUCAGGGAGAUCUGGAUGAACGGCCAGCCCGAGGUGCCCGGGACCAGGAGCCUGAACCGCUACUACUAGGGGCGGGAACGGAUGCCCGCGUCUCAGGAAGCCGCCGGAGAGGGCCAGGGCCCGCUGGGCACAGGGCUGAACGCAGUUCUGCUUAAGCCCUGGGGGCAGAGAUAAGCAGGACACGCCCAUUUCCCAGACAGGAGGACUCAUCUUUCCUUUUCGAUUAAAUUCAUGGAGAAGUAGAAAACCCAAGUCAGUUCAUCAACCUUUCUAGGUCUUGGAACGGUGCUGAAAACCCUCUCCAACAAUGUGGGUGGAGAUUAGAGAAACGGGACUGUGGUUUCUCUUGAUUUCUGAGGAUCUCAGAAGUUUCUGCAGACUUCAUUGCUUUGUGUUAUUCCUUUACAAAAGGAAGAUUUUCAUGGCAUGAAGGCUAGGAAUAGCAGGGUGAACUUAACCCAGUAAAUGCAAUUUUCUAAAUGACCCCAUGCUAUGGAGGUGAUUCUCAUCCAGAUAGCAUGAUUUAUGCUUAUUAUUUAAGGCUGAUUUUUAAAAAUCUUGUGUUGCAAUGGCAACCUUGUCCAUUUUAACUGGCACCUCAGGGAUUAAAAUCCUAUUUUUUAGUAUAGUUCCCACCUCAUUCAUGAAGAUGGAUAGAAUUAAUGUAUUAUGGGAGAUGUGUCAGUGAACUAGAAAAUAUCAAUAACCUCAAAGGAUGAAGGGU